AUGCGCGUGCACACGUCAGUGACCACCAGCAACAUUGAGAAUCGUCUCCUCCACCACGCCGACCCCUAUCACGCUGCAACAUUGUAUCCGUCGCCCCGCCGCGAGCUCCAUGUCACCGUCAUGGCCGAGACCUCGCCGUCCACGGCUCCCACCGAAGUCCCCGUGUUGGAGCGGCAUACCGUCCUGAACCUCAUCCCCGUCGGCCUACGUGAAGCCAGCCUCGAUUCUCCGACCUUCCGUGCUACGGCAGUGCACUUCGCGGACAACAUCGAUGCCGUGGAAAGAUGGCUAGAUGGCUAUGUGAAGGCCGCCUCGCGCCUGGUCGCCGAGGUGUCGUCGUUGGAGACCACGGUCAAUUCGUUCCUGAGCCAGUCCAUGCCGCCAGCCCUCAUCAGCGAAGCUGUGCUCGAUCAUGAUUACACCCUGCUAGCUAUGCGCCGCUAUGGCGAGGGUGCGCGCGAGUUCUGGUCAAACACACUUCGAGGCAUCAAGCGCUAUGACACUGCCGUGAUAGAUCCCAUCAAGGCCUUCCUCAGCCAGGAUUUGCGCAAUUUCAAAGACGCGAGGCGUGCUAUGGAUAAUGCCCAAAAGAGCUUCGAUACUGUCAUCACUCGCUUCUCUGCGCAAAGCAAGACCAAGGAGCCAUCGUCCUUGCGAGAGGAGGCCUUCCAGCUCCAUGAAGCGCGAAAGGUCUACCUCAAGGCCAGCAUGGACUUUUGCGUUUCUGCUCCUCACCUGCGCGCCUCGCUUGACAAGCUGAUUGUCAAAAUCUUCGCCGAUCAGUGGAAAGAGAUGCGACAGGCCCGGGAGUCCAGUACAGCAACCUUCGCAAAGUGGGGAGGUGAAAUGGAACGCAUUCGGGGAUGGAGCAAAGAGAUGGAGAACUCAGAGCGUGCUUUCAAGCGAGAGCUGCUUGCCGCACGUAAGCUGAUUGAGGACACCGCAGAACAGAAGAAGCGCCCUUCUCGAGAGUUGGAGGACUAUUCUGCAUCGACGGUACCCUAUCUAGGUACCGGGGCUUCUGCAGCGGCCGGCACGAACAAAGGUGCUUCAGAAUUAGCCGAGAAGCAAGGCUGGUUAUUCCUCAGAACUGUCACCGGCCGACCUGCUAGGACUGUCUGGUCACGUCGUUGGUUCUUCGUGAAGAAUGGAAUCUUUGGCUGGCUGAUUCAAGGCAGGUCCGGAGGUGUCGAGGAAAGCGACAGGACCGGUGUUCUCCUUUGCAGCAUCCGACCAGCUUUUCAGGAAGAAAGACGCUUUUGUUUCGAGGUCAAGACCAAAGACCAAAGCAUCAUCCUACAAGCAGAGGGUCAACAGGAACUCACCGAGUGGAUCGGUGCAUUUGAGGUUGCCAAAAGGAAGGCUUUAGAAGAUCCUGCCAGCACGGAGGCAUCUUCAUCUUCAGCGCCGGGAAUAGAUCCUGCUUUCGCGAUUAGCCCGCCUGUCGCACCAGAGUUUGCCGCGAAGAUCGGUGAUGGCCAUGCCGCUCAGACGAGCGAGGAUCUGGCUGUAGGACUCACAGCUCCCGAGCGGGAAGGCACUGGUCUAGGCAUCGCAGCACGCCCAAGCUUCGACGUCAAUCCUCGAAGAGUAAUGAGUCUCGAACGCGAAGCUGAAGGCGGUCUCCGUGAGGCUUCUCGAGACCACGCUGCCCGCAUUAUACAAAAGCUUGACCUCCACAAGAGAUCGACUGCGUCGCCGCACAUGAGUCAAGGACCGGCAUCUGGUGGAGGCAUCGCCAGUCUCAUUUCAGCGAGCCACAGCAUCCUGCCUGUCGGGCCCGGUGGCACCGAUGGACCUAGACGGACGUUUACGAUGCCUAUCAACAGUUUACCAUCGAGCAGCUUAGCACCUUCUACCCUUGCGAACCCGCCAGCUGCGACCAAUCUCAGCCACACUGCCGUUGUUGUCAGUGGAGAGCGAGGUAUUGGUCUGGCCCGAGCAGACGGGAGUGGUAUGCCUUCUGGUAUUCUGGCAAACCUUUGGGGUAGCAGCAACUGGGGUCAUGUCAAUCGCCUCGGUGACGAUGGCCAGCUGCGCAAGCCACCCUCGCAGCCUCCGAGCCCUGGCAUGCGCGCCAUGUCUAUCUCUCAGGAUGAUUCUAUCGUCAUGGAUGGACAGAGCGAAUCGACACACGCCAACGAUGCAUACAUGUCCGAUGCUGGUACCUCUCUGGGCCAUCGCAAGAAUCUGAGCAUCGGUGGCGAGAUUCAUCUAUCUGCGGCCAAACAGAAUCAGGACGGUCCGUCACUCUCAGCAGUGGCAGAUGAUUACCCGAGCUACUACCCAUUACCACUCAAAGCACAGAAUGCGCAGUUCCGAAUGCUAUUCCCCUCAGUAAUGAAGUCUGAAAAGGUCGUAUUGGUGUUCCGCGCGACCUGGAAUCCGAACGAUCAACAGGAGUUUCCAGGGCGAGUUUAUGUGACGCCGUACGAGAUAUACUUCUUCUCUAACCACCUCGGGCUCGUUCUUGUCACUGGGGUCAGCCUCUCUGCACUUGCCGAGGUGACCGCUGCGCCCGGCCGCGAUUGCGACUUCGUUUACCUUCACCUCAAGGAAGGUUUACAGAGGGAUGAAGCGCGCAGGCUCACGAUCAAAGUGUUCUUGGAGCCACUGAAAUUGCUCCAGCGAAGAUUGAACUUCCUAGUCCGCAACGCUCACGCAGAGGAACCAGCGGGUUUGGAGGAAAUCAUAAAAACGUUAAUCAAGAUGGAGACUGAACCUCUACGCCGAAGAUCAAGUGCCGAAAGCUGGGAGUGGGAAGAUGUCGUUUACGAUGCUGAUGACACCCUACCGGGCGAUCCGAGCACGCCACAACGCCGCCGUGACCGAAACAUCAAAGCGAGCUUGCGCAUCGACGGCAGUCUCUAUGGAGAGACGAUCAGAACUGGACGAGAAAUCCAGAAAUUCAAACUGCCUUCACAACCUGUGGUAUAUGCACCUCAAGGUAUGCAGUCUAGCGUCACGAGAGACUUCAACAUCAGUGCAAAGGCACUGUUCCACAUCAUGUUUGGAGACAAGAGCGCAGUGUUCCAGCUACUCUACGCCAAUCGAUCGGGUACCACUAUUGCACAAACACCUUGGAGCAAAGCAGAUCGUGGUCAUUGGACUAGGAAUUUCACCACGCAGGACCAUUCCGUGACUGACACUCAGACCAUUGACAUCUUCAAUGACCACCUUUGCUAUGUGGUCACCAACGACAAAUACGCUCAUCGCCUUCCAUAUGGAAAGUCCUUCACUUUGACCACAAAAUUUGUUGUAACGCAUACUGCGAAGUCGCGGUCCAAGCUCGCCAUCUUUCAGAACUUUGUCUGGCGUCAGCAACCGGCGAUACAAUAUUUCAAGCGACUCAUUGAGCGACAGGCAUACAACACCCUGGAGGCCGACGCAUUAGACAUCUCGAACGUGGCGAUGGAUCAAGUGGCCAAGCUAGGCAACUACAGCAAAACCAUCAAGGCAGUGGAAAUCUUCGGCAGUGUCGGUCAACAGACGAAGACCGCACAAAUUGGCAGCGAUCAGGUUCCAAGUGGAACACUACCUCCUAUCACGCCAGUCAGCAGCAAGCCGAUCAGCAUUGUCCAACUGGUAACGACGGACCUUUUCGCACGCACGCUGAGCGCGUCUAGUGUGGUCCUGGACCUUGCAGUCGCCAUCGGUAAAGGGGCAAUCUCGCUUUGCACCGCCCAUACACUGUUGAUUAUCGUCCUCGGCAUUUCAGCGCUCUAUAAUACGUGGCACGGGUACCGCGACGGACUCGUGUGGUACCAUGAACGAAGCGCUGCCAAAUUCAUGGCGCGAGUGGGCGUCGUACCAGACGUGAUGAUGAGUAAAGGAAUCCAUCUACGCGAUCUGGAGAACCUGGUGGCGGCAGACGUGGAGAUCGCUGGCAGCGACUCAUGGAACAUAUCGGAUGCAGAUACUCAGAAGACAUGCCGGAGCACGUUUCACGAGCAUGUCAUGGCGUCGAAGGCUCUUCCAGGGCCUGGAUCACCUGGAGUGCAGCUGCAGAGAUCUCGGGACUCUCUGGCGAGACAGCGACACGACCUGCUUGUUGCUCUGCGAGUGGUCAAUCGCAUAGAGAAGGACGUUGUACAAGCGGAAUUCGAGGAUUGGGUCCGGGCAGAGUCGCGGAAGUGUGAGCGUGUGGAGGGCAUGCUCGUGCAGCUCAAUGCUAAAAACAUCAAGAAGAAUGAGACGAGCGAUGGUGGACCGUCUGACGCCUUGGGCGAGGACUUUGCUGAAUACUGCAGCAGUUGUCGGGUGGAGGUCUCAGCGCUCGACAGCGGUACGCGACUAGUGUGAGCAGCAUUAGGAGCAAUGGUAGAAUCGCGGCAUUCUCUUGUGAACUCAUAGUCCCAGCCACCAGUAUAGACUGUACAAAGUUUCCGCGCGUGUGUCAAUUGUGCAGCGUAAUGCUCGGAGCUCCUUUUGCCGUGCCAGGCAGCAAC